GUACAUCAGUCGGAUAAUAAUUAUCUCCAUCGUCACAAUAAACAAGUUUGUGCAGUUUCAUAUUGACACUUGCAGUUAUUACAUUAUCAUUAGUGUUAAUUCUCGAGUACUUUGCACUCACAAUUACCCAUUGAGCAGAACAUUGAGAUACGUAGUUACACAUACGCGUGUGUUUCAGAUAGCUGACAACUACAUCCGGGACUGGUGAAACUUCGAGUGCCUCUCAACCUUAUCUAUGUAGAUCCGGCAACAAUGAUAACCAUCGCCAUAGUAGUGAUUCUACUAAUCUCCCUCUACUUUUACGGUACGCGGAAUUUUAAGUACUGGGAGGUAAGAGGCAUCAAACAUGACAAGCCAAUCCCUCUCUUCGGGAACAAUUGGCUAGGAUUCACGUUCCGCGCCAGCAUGACACAAGUAGCCAAUGACUUGUACUGGAAGUAUCCAAACGAACGAGUCGUGGGCUUCUUCCGCUCAUCAAAACCUGAACUCAUAAUAAGAGACCCAGAAAUCGCAAAACGACUUCUGAUAUCUGAUUUCGCCCAUUUUUUCGAACGUGGGUUUACACCCCAUAAGUCAGUGUUUGAGCCUUUGAUGCAAAAUCUCUUCUUCGCUGAAGGAGAUCUCUGGAAGCUACUGCGACAGAGAAUGACUCCUGCAUUUACUUCGGGAAAGCUGAAAGCUAUGUUCCCUUUAAUAGUUGAGAGAGCAGAGAAGCUGAAGUCUCGCGCGCUCGCCGCAGCAGCGCAUGGCAAGUCUUUGGACGCGCGUGACCUCAUGGCCAGGUACACUACCGAUUUCAUAGGAGCCUGCGGGUUCGGUCUAGACGCAGACACUCUCAACGAAGAGGACUCUCCAUUCAGACAGCUCGGCAUAAAAAUUUUCAAAAUGCAACCCAAAGAAGUAAUUAAAGCUAUUUUGAAGGACGUAUUCCCGGAUCUCUGUCAGAACUUGAAGAUUUGGGCUCAUGUGGAGAAUGACGUCAAAGAACUGGUUGGACAGAUAUUGAGGAAAAGGGACUACAAGCCGAGUGGCAGAGGAGACUUCAUUGAUUUGAUGUUGGAGUGCAAGAUGAAAGGCACUGUGGUCGGCGAGUCUAUUGAGUCGAGGAAGCCUGACGGAUCCCCUGAAACAGCCAGCUUGGAGUUCAACGACGGAAUAAUUGCAGCUCAAGUGUUUGUAUUCUUCGCAGCUGGGUUUGAGACGUCAUCAUCAGCCACUAGCUUCACUCUCCACCAGUUAGCGUACCACCAGGAGGUUCAGAAGAAAGCUCAAGAGGAGGUGGAUCGCGUUUUAGCGAAACACGACGGCAAGCUGUCGUAUGACGCAGUCAAGGAGAUGAACUACCUCGAGAUGGUGUUCAAGGAAGGUUUACGAAUGUUUCCUUCGCUGGGCUUCUUACUGCGUCAGUGCACUCGGCCGUACACUUUCCCAGAGUUCAACAUGACCAUUGACGAGUCUGUCAGAGUGAUGAUCCCUCUGCAGUCCAUGCAUAACGACCCCAAGUACUUCCCUAACCCUGAGGUGUUCCGGCCGGAGAGGUUCGCUCCGGAAGAGUUCGAGAGUAAAAACAAAUAUGUGUUUUUGCCCUUUGGAAUUGGACCAAGAGCUUGCAUAGGUGAGCGGCUAGGUCUGAUGCAGUCGUUAGCAGGACUAGCAGCGGUGCUUUCCGCAUUUACAGUGGAGCCAGGGCCUGAGACCGUGCGACACCCUAUCGUAGACCCCGUGUCCAGCGUGGUGCAGGGCAUCAAAGCAGGCCUACCGCUGAUGUUUCGUCCGAGGAACAAAGUUGCUUGAACACUA